ACCGCUACUGAAGGAUCUGGCCCUGGGGGGGGCUGCUCCCGAAUUGCGUCGGCGGCGCGGCGAGCCCAAAAUGGGGAGAAGGAGGAGAAGGAAGAGGAGGAGGAGGAGGACGAGGAGGGGGAGGAGGUGGAGCUGAGGCUCGAAGCUCUUUGGGAUGCCAGCCUGGGGAUGCGCUCCGGGGGCCGCGCCCCGCCGAGAGCGAACCGGCCAGCGCACGGCUCGCACCGAUGGGUCGCCGGAGAGCGGAAAUUACGACCUGGAAAACAUCGGGCAUGCCUCGGCGGUGGACAAACUGCAGGAUCCCUGAAGGACACAAAGAAAUCCUCCAUCGCGUCGUUGUCAAAAAAUGCUACAUGAUGUCGACACGGUGAACGUGUCACACGUGGCAUCUCUCGGCAAUGCUCAACGAGCUCGCGCAGAGAGCCAUGGCCCACAUCGAUAAGGCCAAAAGCUUAACGGCGCAUGAAAUGCGGAAGAACAGCUGGGCUUACACCGUCUGUCGCAGGCGAGAGCGUGCAACUGUACCCGCUCGACGUAUCGCGCGAAACGAACCGCCCUGCAGCCCCUCGUGCCUGGCCGCCGAUAGGGGCGCGUUGCCCCGGCGCGUCUUCCCGACCCAAACGCGCAACAGACAGCACCCGACAAUGCCCGCGCCGCGCCGACUUGCUCGACGCGGGCAAGAUAGCAUCGGUCUCUGUAAACUUGUGACAAGCAUAACGUGCACCAACCACCAGUGUCGACCAUCAACUAGCGCUGCGAACAACCAUUUCAGACAGUGCAGGAUACGGCAUUUCAGGAAG